AACGCUUCUCUUCAGCGUGGAUUCGUGCCGCCAACUCUCGCUGUGUUUCAGCUGCUUCAGUCUUUCAAGGUGUUCGAUGUGGAUCAUGAAGACUGAGAGCAGGUUGGACUUGAUGCUGCUGCUCGUUCUCCUCACAGGUACAGUCGGUGAAAGUGACGGCAGCUCAGUUGUUGGUCAAACAGGUCAGAGCGUCACUCUGUCCUGUAAAUAUGACAUCAGCAAACAUGGAGCGCAGCCAGCCUGCUGGGGUCGAGGUAAAUUACCAACCUUAGGCUGCAGCGACCAGCUCGUCUCCACAGACGGACAUAAAGUGAGAACCAGAGCUUCCAGCAGGUAUCAGUUACUGGGACGACUGGAGGCAGGUGAUGUUUCUCUGACCAUACUGGACCUCACAGAGACGGAUGCUGGACGGUACGGGUGCAGGGUGAGGGUACAGGGACCGUUCAAUGAUAACAAACAUCACUUGGAUCUGAUCGUCGAGAGAGCUCCUCUUCAUACCAGCACAGUCAGAUCAACGACCAUCUCAGCACUGACAGGAAGUGAUGUCACAGAAAGCGAACCCACGGAGGUCACACGGGCUCCGGAGGUCACACAGGCUCCGGAGGUCACACAGGCUCCGGAGAUGUGGAUCACAGCUGUCCAGCAGCAGCGGGUAAACAGUCUGCAGAGCCUCGUUGGAAACACAGUGAGAGUCUCCUUCAUCGUCUUCAUACCUGCAGUGCUGCUGAUCACCUGUUACAGAGUUUGGAGGAGGAACCAGACUGACAGGAGGCUGAACCAAUCAGAGGAGGAGGACACAGAGAGUCUUUAUUGGUGUUAAAGCUUUUUAUUUUAAAUUAAAGUUGUUCUCAGUAAGUGAAAAUAAAACUAUCCAAUGUUUUUUCUCA